CGAAACUGUCACUUAUGGUCAUUAUUUAGAAGUUGGUUGAUGUGUGCAGUUGCUGCAUCGUUUGGUUUUACAUUUUAUCAAAAUUUUUUCAAGAAGUAAAUGACUAAAACUCCAAAAAUGGACAUUAAAAAUUUAAAGGAGUUUAUGGAACUAGUAGGAAAAUUAAAGCACGAAAAAAGAGCAGGCUGGGUAUUCCAUAAUGUGACCGAUGUUGAAACCAUUGCAGGGCAUAUGUACCGAAUGGCAAUGCUGUCUUUUUUAAUCGAUUCCAAUGAAAAUUUGGACAAGAACAAGAUCAUGCAGAUGACUCUUGUCCAUGAUUUGGCCGAGUGCAUUGUUGGUGACAUCACGCCUCAUGAUAAUAUUGCUCCUGAAGUAAAGCACGAGCAAGAAGAUCAUGCGAUGGAGCAUAUUUGUAAAUUACUAGGAGAUAAGGGACCAGAAAUGCUAGAAAUAUUCAGAGAAUAUGAGAAACAAGAGUCGGCUGAGGCGAAAUACGUCAAAGAUUUAGACAGGCUGGACCUUCUUAUGCAAGCUCUCGAAUAUGAAAAGCGUGACAAAAAACCAGGACACCUCCAAGAAUUUUUCACUUCCAUUAAUGGAAAAAUAAGGAAUCCAUUUUUGAACGAGGUAGCAAAGGAAAUCAAUCAAGAACGAGAAGAAUUAAUUCGAGACUCCGAUGUUAAAAAUUGAUAAGUUUACAUUAUUGCUUCUCAUAAUUUUUACCCAAAAAAAAAAAAAAAAGAAAUCUAGAAAAUAUUAUUUAUAUCGAUAUAUCUAUAUCUUUUACUUAUAGAAUUUAAUUCGAAUAUUCAACUUCAAACUCAUCAGUAUUAAUAAAUGUUUUGUCAGAAGGUUAAAUAAUCAGAAAUUCAAAUUCGCGAUAAAGCAUUUAUUUCUUAGAAGAAAAUUGAAAAUUAGCAAUGAAAACAAUAUUUCCGUGCUAUUAAUAUAAAUUUUAAAAUUGCUUUGACACUAUUUCAGUGUUAGAAAAAAAAAUAUUAAGUUGAAAAUAAUUUUUAAUUUUAAUCAACUAUCGAAAAGAGGAAUUAUUUCAUUAUUCUUCGAAAACAUACUCACUGCUAUUUUUUUAUUCUUUUAAACACGUAUCGUUUUGUUUGGAGUAAUUUUACUUUAUUUUAAUCGAUUUAAGUUCUUGGAUUAAUUUUAUAUAAAUAAUCUUCGUUGAAUCUUUUUUUUUGAAAAACUUACAGUACAAGAAAAAAAACUAGAAUAAGAAGAAGGAAGUAAAGAAUUUUCUUAUUGCCUUUUUAAGUUAAAAAAUAUUUAUUACGUUAAGUUUUCGUUUAAUUACUAUUAUUUCCAUUUUAUUUGUUAAUUAGUUGUACUAGAAAAAUAAGUUUAGUAUACCAAAGACAAAAAAUUUGGUUUUAAUAUAUUGAUAUUACAAUAAUUAUAAUUAUCUUUUAUCAAUGUUUCUCACUUCCGUUUUACUUCUUUGCAAAUUUCUCACAUGAUAUUGAAAAUAAAAAUUAAGUAAAAAAUG